GUGUGUGUGUGUGUGUGUGUGUGUGUGUGUGCGCGCCUUGCGGACAUGGAACAGAUGAUGCAGGAAAUGAGUCCAGUGGCGUGGAGGGAGACCGUUCCCAGCUCAUAAUUUGACACUGAUAUCUUCGGGGUGUUGUCUAAAUAAAAGGAAGUAGCCUUGAACUCAUCUGACAGACAGAGAGAGGAGGGGAGGGGGGCAAGCAGCAUGUAUGAGAGCAGAUCGGAUGUUCCUGGAUGCGACUCAACUGGAACCGAAGCAGCUGCCUGCCAUACCGACGCCCACGGCAGCAGGCCAGCCAAAAAGGGCACCGUUGUGGAGGGACUGUCGAGAUAUGGCAUGCAUGUCUUGCCCAGCGCUUUCCAGCGUAGGUCGAGGCUGCAGAGGCAGCAAGAAGUCACCGACGGCUCCACACCGGGGGGGCUACAGAGAGAGGCCCCGGAGAGAGGGUCGCUCACACCCGCCAUGCGUAAAAGAUACCUCAAAGAGUUGCUCUCCAGCAACCCAUCGCGCAGCGGGUUCAGCAGCGUACUGUCCCCCGAGCCGGGCGCAGACUGGGCUUUGUACCCGAUGGAGCACGCGUGGAUGCUGUCUGCGGUGGAGGGGAACUAUGAAACCAUCCUGGAGUUCAUCUCCGAGGACCCCCAUCUGUUGACCAGGAGGGAUUUCAUCAGCGGGUACUCGGUCCUGCACUGGUUGGCCAAGAGGGGACAGGACGAGACGCUGGUCAAACUUUUGCGGCACGCAGAAAGUGCGGGGAUCCCGGUGAACGUGAACCUCCGGGGCAGCGGCGGGCUCACCCCGCUGCACGUCGCCAGCAUGCACGGCCAGUACAUGGUCAUCAAGCUGCUGGUCGGGGCUUUCGGCGCCGACGUCGAUGCCACGGACUACAACGGGAAAAGAGCCUGGCAGUAUCUGCGGGGAGACGCCCCGCCGGAGAUGAGGGAGCUGCUCGGGACGUGGGACGACGAGCACGGCUGCGGGCGCGCGCAAAACGUCCCCACGAACGUCAACAACAACAGCAGCUCCGGCUCAAGGCAGCCGACCGCAUGCGACGAGGUCGACACUGGACGCACCUCUGAAGCGAACUCCUUUGAACGGACUAAGAGGAGUGGCAGCUGGAGACUCGGGUCUUUUAAAAUGGUGCUACCCUCGUUUUCAUUUCUUGGAAAGAAAAGCUGAGGGGCUGUUACAGAAACCUUCAGAGAUCUGCAUUAUUUCACACUUAAUUUACUACUUCAGUGGUGUCCAGUCUCCUCCUUACCAAGUCAUUUUGACUUGAGUCCUUACAGAUUUUAAAACAAGUGAACAUCUCCACUUUUCUAGUGUAAAUAAGUUUGUCUCUCCAGUACUUUCUGAAAUCAAGUUUUCCUUUGCUCCAGAGCAGGAACCUGCCUUGUUUUUUUUCAAGACAGAAAACUUCAGUCAGCUAAAUUCUUACAAGUUUACUUUUAUUGGAAACAGACUAAAAUGUUUUGAGAUAUUUAUAAUAAUUAUGGAACAUAACCUGAUUAGAUCAAAGGAAUGAGAUUUUUUUGUCAAAUACUUGCCACUUUCACCUCUAAAAUUCCUUAAAAUGAAACAAUGUAAGGAAAACUGUUCAUAACUCAUGUCCACGCUGAACUUGUAUGUGAUGAGGGGUCACCAACCGGACAGCAACAUUUGAAGGGGUCUCGAGCCAAAAAGGUUGGGAAUCAUUGCGCUACUUCACGAGUAUAAUCCACUCACUGUGAAUGCUGCUUUCCAUGAGUUCUCUGGUUUGAUAAAAAUAAAUAAAAAAAUACUUGCACCUAAACUUUUGCAUUACACUUUACUAAACCCAACUUAACCCACCUUUAA